AUGGCCAAAGGAAGCAACAACACCAAUAACAACGAAAAGGAAGCUUUACCUUCCACUCCUAUCACAAGUAACACCACCACAACAACCAUGUCAUCAACAACAAGCACUUCAUCGGCUCCAGCCAUCUCCGUCACAAAACCACAACAACAACAACUUCCUCAACCGGCUUCACAUUCCAGUUUCUCUCUGAAAGACACUUUGAAAACUGUUGGAGUUUCUGUCGGUGUUUCCUUAUUGAUGGUCACCUUGUAUCACCACUUUUUCAUGAGCAAAACGGUGGAGGAUGUGGAAAAUGUGAGGAGUUAUAUUGCAAAAAUUAAAAUUCCGUUGAAUACCAUCUUGGAAAAGACCAAAGCAAUUGGAGUGUCAUCCUUGUUUCAGAAAAAGUAA